AUGCCUAAGUCGGACAACACAUUCCUGCCCUGCCUGAAACCCCCCAAGGACUUCCCUCUGCAGUAUGCGACAACAACCAGUCCUUUCCAAGGACAGGGAGCACGAGUAGCUCUGUCUGUUAUACAACGGGCCAUCACCAGUAUUAUCAUCCGGACACCAUCUCGAUUGUUGAAGGAAAUAAUCUUGGUAGAUGAUUUCAGCUCAAAUGGACUAAAGGUACACUUGGAUGAGAAGAUUAAACUUUAUAACCAGAAGUGUCCAGGACCACUGAAAAUAAUAUGACACCCUGAGAGGGAAGGUCUUGCUCAAGCCCGUAACAGUGGCUGGGAAGCUGCCACAGCAGAUGUGGUCGCCAUCUUGGACGCUCACAUUGAAGUCAAUGUUGGAUGGGCAGAGCCAAUCUUGGCUCGGAUUCAAGAAGACCACACCGUGACUGUGUCUCCUGUGUUUGACAACAUUCAUUUUGACACCUUUGAACUGGAUAAGUAUCAACUGGCAGCUGAUGGGUUUAACUGGAAACUCUGGUGCCGCUACGAUGCACUGCCCCAAGCCUGGAUUGAUCUGCAUGAUGUCACUGCCCCAGUGAAGAGUCCUUCAAUCAUGGGCAUCUUCGCUGCUAACAGGCUCUUCCUGGGAGAGAUCGGGUCUCUGGAUGGUGGAAUGCUCAUCUAUGGAGGAGAGAAUGUGGAACUUAGCCUAAGGGUGUGGCAGUGUGGAGGGAAGAUCGAGGUUUUGCCCUGCUCCUGGAUUGGUCACCUAGAGAGACAGCACAAGCCUUGUGCCUUGGAUCUGACCCCUGCCUUAAAGUGCAGUGCUCUGUGAGUGGCCGAAAUCCGGAUGGAUGAGCACAAACACAUGGUCUACUUGGCCUGGAACAUACCUCUCCAGAACUCCGGAAUAGAUUUUGGGGACGUUUCUUCCAGCAUGGCACUCUGGGAAAACCUGAAGUGUAAAACUUUUGACUGGUACCUGAAAAAUGUUUACGCACUCUUGAAGCCAAUGCACACCAUCAUAGGCUAUGGACCGGUGCGGAUGAUGAAAUUACUGGAUGUCUAGGGGCUCCAAGAUCAGUCUUCCUGCCCUCCCUCUGGCUAGGGUCUCCUGCUGGCUGCUGAUGCCAAUGGCGAGUCCACUGCUCUCUUUUAGUACAACUACUAUCACCUAACUGGGGAGCUUUUUGUGGGACAACUGAUUGCAGAGGCCAGUGAUAGUGAUGGCUGCCUGACAGAUCCUGGCAAGGCAGAGGAGAAGCCCACCUUAGAACCAUGCUCCAAGGCAGCUAUGAAUGGACUGCACAUACAUUGGGAUUUUAAACAGGGAGGAGCUGUCAUAAACAGGGAUACCAAGUGGCGUCUGGAGAUGAAGAAGGACCCUUUGGGUAGCCACGUGCUUGUGCUCCAGACCUGUACCAUGCGAGUGUGGAAAGUCCAGCACACCAUCAGAGACUGGGGUCGGACUAUCAGCCAGUGA